AAUCAGAUAUUCACUUUUGAAAUUCGAAUGACUUCGGACGUUACGUUGUUCGAAAAUCGAAUAAACUUUUUAAAAAUCGUUCCUAAAGUUUUACGGUUUUCUUAACUGUGUGUGUGUGUGUAUUUGUGUGUGUUCUUUUGUUAAUAUUGUGUUUGAAAAUGGAAGGAAAAUAAACGGCGCGGAAUUGUUUUGAACAAUAUGUCCGAGUUCUUUAAGACAACCCUAUAUCGAGUUAUGUGAAUUUUACGUGGAAAAUGGCUGAGAACGAAGGUCCUGUGACGGUAGAUGAUCUACCAUUGACGUUUCAGGUGAAGUACCUCGGACAGAGCGACGCGCGAGGGUUGUGGGGCAUCAAGCACACCAGGAAACCAGUGGAUCUCAUGGUGGCUGCAGCGAAAGCUCUACCUCCGGGCCAGAUCCUGCCUCUGGUAAAACUCACGAUUACUCCUGACGGAGUCCACUUGGAGACCAUAAACCAUGGCACGAAACAAGACGACUUCGAGCAUAUGGCCGUAUUCUUUAACAUCGAGAGCAUAUCAUAUGGCGUCCAAGACCUGGUCUACACGAGGGUCUUCUCCAUGAUCAUCGUUAAGGAUAACGCUGAUAUCAAAGGACUGAAUCCUUUCGAAUGCCACGCCUUCGUUUGUGAAUCGAGGAACGCCGCUAGAAGAUUGACUUAUUCCUUGGCAGCCGCCUUCCAAGAUUACUCGAGGCGAGUCAAGGAGAUGCAAGCGCAGCCGGAGAUAGAAGACAAACUGCCGACCAUGAAGAAGAGGUUCGCCAUAGACCUAAGAACACCAGAAGAGAUAGAAGCAGAAUUAGAAACGGAAGCGUAAAUCUUUCGAUACUCAAAGACCCCGUUCAUAUUGUUACCGGUUGUGUUACGUGUGACUAUUUAGAAUAAAGCCGUGUCUGAUCGUCUCAAACACUAAAAGAUUAUGUAAAUACAGCAACCCCACUAAAAUAUAUCACGCUGUUUUGCCAAAGUCAUUUCAUAACAGUAAUAUCUGUCAAACUUAUUAAGGUACGUGUGAGGGAACUUAACAGGUCCGCGCGACUGUGCCAAUUUUGUAACAACUACGAAUAAAAUGUUUUUAUACUUUUUGUCAGAAAUUUCUCCGAUUUUUUUAGUGUCAGCUCUAAAGUUUUUGAGGUCUGUGAGCGGCGGUCAUUACUUAACAUCGGCCUUAAAGUUCGUCUGAAGACAUGGGCGAUAAAUAAUGUCAUUCCAAAGUUUUAAUAUUAUGUGUUUUGAAAUGUAAUAUAACGUAAAUAUUAUAAAUAUAGAUUAUAAUUAUGUAUACAUAUACAUAGAGAGGCAUAAUAAUUA